GCCCGGGACGUCACAGGUGCGCCGGGCCCCGUUUCCUCUGAGGGAAGGAAGGAAAGAAGGAGGGAGGGGGCACGGCGAGCCAAGAUGGCGGAGCUGGGCAAAAAGUAUUGCGUGUAUUGCUUGGCCGAGGUGAGCUCGCUCCGGUUCCGCUGCACCGAGUGCGUCGACAUCGAGCUCUGCCCGGAGUGCUUCUCGGCGGGGGCUGAGAUCGGGCCGCACCGGCGUUGGCAUGGCUACCAGCUGGUGGACGGAGGGCGCUUCACGCUCUGGGGCGCCGAGGCCGAGGGCGGGUGGAGCAGCCGCGAAGAACAGCUCCUCCUGGACGCCAUCGAGCAGUUCGGCUUCGGCAACUGGGAAGAUAUGGCUGCUCAUGUUGGAGCAUCACGGACACCCCAGGAAGUAAUGGAACACUAUGUGAGCAUGUAUAUACAUGGUAAUCUUGGAAAGGCCUGCAUCCCUGAUAUUAUUCCAAACAGAGUGACAGAUCAUACCUGCCCAAGCGGUGGUCCACUUUCUCCUAGUCUAACAAUGCCUUUGCCACCCCUGGACAUAUCAGUGGCUGAACAACAACAGCUGGGCUACAUGCCACUUCGUGAUGAUUAUGAGAUUGAGUAUGACCAAGAUGCUGAGACUCUGAUUAGUGGCCUUUCAGUUAAUUAUGAUGAUGACGAUGUGGAAAUUGAAUUAAAAAGAGCCCAUGUAGACAUGUAUGUAAGAAAAUUGAAGGAAAGGCAGCGCCGAAAGAACAUUGCCCGUGACUACAACCUGGUUCCUGCUUUUCUGGGGAAGGAAAGAAGAGACAAAGAAAAACCUUUGAAACGCAAAAUUACAAAAGAAGAAAAAGAGCUGAGAUUAAAACUCCGGUCUCUCUAUCAGUUUAUGUCUUGCAAGGAGUUUGAUGACUUUUUUGAAAACCUACACAAAGAGAAGAUUCUUCGAACCAAGAUUAGGGAACUACAGCGGUAUCGACGGAAUGGUAUAACCAAAAUGGAAGAGUCUGCAGAAUAUGAGGCAGCCAGACACAAACGAGAAAAAAGGAAAGAAAAUAAAAACAUUAGUACUUCUAAAAGAGGAAAAGAAGAUGGUAAAGAUGGUGAAUUUGCUACAAUUGAAAAUCUACCUGGUUUUGAAUUGUUAUCUGACCGAGAGAAAGUACUUUGUAGUUCUAUUAAUCUGAGUCCUGCACGUUAUGUGACUGUUAAAACUAUCAUCAUUAAAGAUCAUCUUCAAAAAAGACAGGGCAUUCCAUCCAAAAGUCGUCUACCUAGUUACUUGGAUAAAGUACUAAAGAAAAGGAUUUUGAAUUUCUUAACGGAAAGUGGUUGGAUAUCAAGGGAUGCUUCCUGAAUUUUGUCUGCUUUUGAAUAGCAUUAUUAUGAACUAAGGACCCAUUGUUGUCAAGAAUAGUCUGUUUACCUGCCUCUUUAAAACACAAACACACCUAGGCUAUAUCUUGUUAAAUGCCAACUCCUCAACCAAUAGAUUUUUCUGAAUUAGAUCAUGCAAAUGGUAAAUUCUACUUUGUGCCCUACACUUGGAAGUCAUCUUGUAAAAGACAUUAUGAUGAAAUUGCUCAUUGAUCUGUUGACUAGUGUCUUAAAUGUGAAACAUGAAGCCCUAGCAUCAGUUUUUGAGUAUUUCUGCCAUACAAGCUAUUUUUGUAGGGGGUGGGGGAACCUUCAGUUGUGGGGUUUUUUUUUUUUUUAUAGUUCUGUCUGAGGAUGCUAUUUUCUGCACAUUUACAUGGAAGCAAGUUGCAUUGAAUCUUUUGGGUUCUUUUGUUGGAAUAUCUGUGCAUGUGCUGCAUGUGCCUAUUUCUGAAUCUUGGAUACUGAAUUACAAAAGCACAGCAAGAUUAAGAUUUGUUGAUGAGCAUCUUUAGCCAUGAACCUGCUUUGUUGAUCAUUGGCAAAGCAUUGUGUUCUGCUUUACUGUUAGUAAAAUAUCAGACAAGAUGGCAUUAAAAACAAAAUAUUUCAUGAAGAACAGCUUUAAUGGUAGAUGACUUAUUUUUCUAGGGAAGGCCAAAUUCCAGGGGCUAAUAUUGCCUUUUAGGGACUUGCCGAGUACCACACACACAUCAAAACAUGAGCUGUUUUUGCCCCAAAGGAAGUUGACUUCUUUUUGAGAAAACCACUGGAAACAGAUCCCUCUCAUGCUAAAGCAGAAUUGGGAAUUAUGUUGUCCUCCCAUUGGUUGCAACUUUCUCUUCAUUCAAAAUGCUGACUAGCGCUUCUGGGAGUUGCUAUUAGGAAGGAUUUGGAGGGCUAUACAAUUAUCUCAUCCUCAAAUAUAGCAAGGAUUCUAUCAUUAACGGUUCUCCUUUUUCAGUUAUUUGGCUUUGUGCAGGCUAAAUGUUUUCCAGCCCCGAUCUGGUUAAAUAUAGCUUAGCUCCCAUUGGAAGACCUGGCAAAUACGUAGUGUCCCAAUGCACUACAUGCAGUGGUGGUGAGCCCAAAUCUCUAGUGCGUCACUGUUCCUUGUUUUUUUGUUUUUUUUACAACAAAUUGCAUUUGAUUGAAGGGACAAUGAGUAUCAGCCAGACUAACCUGUUUAUUUUAAAACUUUCUGUGUAAUGGGUUUCAGGUAGUUUGCAGCCAGUUAUGAUGACCAAAAACACAUCACUCAGCAGGCAUUUAAUGUAGCCUAAAAGUGACUAGGCAACCUCCUUUGUUUUUCAGACUUUGCGGAGAAUAAAAUAGAAGACUAUCUAAGCAACAUUUGGGAAUCAGUUGCAAGUAAUGAGGGCUCAAUUUGGGAACAAUGCCUUAUGCCAUUGGAAUGGGUGGUAGAGCAGACAGAAACUCGAAGUUAAGUCAGGGCUAUUUUUGUGAAAAGAGUUAUAUUCACUCAUCCAUUGCCAUUUCAUUGGCUGUUACAGCAGACAGGACAUUAGCCAUCAUCCAGGAAUCUGUACAUUUUACCCAAUGCCUUCUUUGCAAGAACUGUGCUGUUUGCACCUAUCCAAGCAGUGUUUAAAUCUGGGAUGAUGGUGGCUCUAGAAACGGUUUUGCUGUGAUAUAGAAAGAAAAGGUUGAAAGCAGCCAGGAUUGGAUGUAUACAAGUUUUCUAACAUCAGCACAGACCAUAGUGAUUAUGUCUGAUACUCCAGUUAUGCAGUCUAUCUAUUCACUCAGCAACCUUGCUGCUUGCUACUCACUUAUUUACAAGUCAUUCAGAACUUUCUGGGCCUUGAAAAACAGGUCUCUGCACAUGGGCAGCACAAUCAUAAGUUUACAGCAGUCAUUUUGACUUUGUCCAUAGUGAAUGUGCUUAAAAUUACAGCCUUAAGGCUCCUGUUUUCUUAAACUCUUUGUGAAUACAGUGCUGUUCUACACAUGCAGAAUUCUGGACUUUUUCCAAUUCAGACUUGAGUGGUGCAUUGUACUUUAAAUGUUCCUUCCAUGUAAUAAACUAGCACAACCAAGGGCAGUGUAGGGAAGCAUUACAAAUGGCAUACCACUUGCUGUCCAUGGUUGCAUAGGCUACCCUCUCAGUUUGCUGCAGAUCCAGCUUGUCUGUUACAAGCAGCCUGUUAUUGCAUAUUUUAAUGUUUCAUCAUUAAUGUACAGCUCUGUAUAGCUACCACGGGGUAACUUUGGCGUAUUCCAACUUCUAGCAGUUGAUGAACAUACUAAUGGUAUGAAAGCCACAGUCCCCAGGAGAAUUCAUUUCUCAUUAAAAUCUAUCUCAGAUUGUGAGUUUAUUUAUAUUUUGCCUUGAGAACUCUGCUCACAAGUUUUGAGGUUUUAUACCAGGGGUGGAAAGCAUGUGGCUCACCAGAUGUCAGGCUCCCCAGCAGCCUUAACCUGAAUAGGCAAUAGUGAGGAAGCUGGGGAUAGUAGUCCAAUAGAUGGAGGGCCAUGUGAUUCCCAACCAUGUCAUAGAUUUGAUACAGAGCUUUAGAUUUUGGCCUUAGUCGAGAGACAGUCCUAUUGAAGACAAUGGGACUGAAGCACAAGUAACUCUCAGGAAGAGUGGAGUUCUUCCAGGUGGUCCAGACCUUUUUAAAAUUCUUAAACUUUCUUACACAGGUGCCAUUCUUUAGAUGUUUAUUAAGGUUUUAGCAGAUCCAUAAGAAAUUGACUGUAUGUCUGUAUGCUAUUCAUACAUCUGGUAGUUCAUUUCAAAUAAUCUCAGAUAGGGAAGAUCAAAGCCUUACAUUUUGUUAGCCUUUUACUGCUGCCUGAGAGAAGCAACUGGUGCUAAACAUAACUUAUUGAUAUUCUGAACAUGUUUUCAGUUUGUGCAUUUAUUACACAUCUGCAAAGGCUUUUACAGUGAGCAUUUUCACAAGAAACAAAUCUUCCUGCAAAGCCUCUUCAAAAAUUUACAAAUAAACAUUUUAAUAUUA